UGUAUUCAUGCUUGGCCUGUUCUGGCCUGCUCAAGUGUGAGUGAAAACAACUAUCUUCAACUCUCUCGCUCUCUCUCUCUCUUUUUCUCAUUGCAAUUACCAAUUUAUCAUCUCCAUCAUCAUCUGGGUCCUCAGAAAAAUGAAGAGAAAAACUUUCAUUUUUCUAAUAGCUUCCCUGCACAUGAUGACUUGGGUUGCUGCAACAAACAGUCCUUCUGCACCAGAUAGUGCAGCUCAGCAACAAGAGCAAUUUCCAGAAUCCCCAAAAGCUGUAUUUCACUCAAAACAGGGACUUGAGCGCAGAGGAACACCAAGAAAUGGGGAUGGGGCAGCAUACAGAGGGCUGAGCACACUUGGGUCAAGGCCACCAAACUGUAACCACAAGUGUCAAGGCUGCAUUCCAUGUGAUGCAGUUCAGAUCCCCACCACCACUGACCACAUUGGAGUUCAGUAUGCAAACUAUGAGCCUGAAGGAUGGAAAUGCAAGUGUGGGUCUUCCUUUUUCAACCCAUAAAUUACUGCUUCUAGCCUUCAGUUCAAAUUUGAAAUUACAUAUCAGAUACAGAGCAGCCCCAACCCAUCCCCCAUCACCAAUCCCCAUCACCCGUCACCCAUCACCCAUCAAAUUUAUAUUCAAUUUUCGCUUUUGAUUUCCUUGAAAAUCUGAUGCUCAAAGAAAACCCUUUUUUUUUUUUUUUUUUUAGUGAGAUUUAGCUAGGGUUUAGAAUUAAUGUAAUCUGUGAAAUUUUCUAUUUAAUUGAUGAUGUGAUGUGUAGUGUGCUUUUUCCCUAA